UUGUCAAAAAUCUCAAACAGCUGUCAAAUGCCGUUUUCGCGAAGUCGCAUUGCGGCAUUGCAUUAGUUGCUUUUCCACCAAAAAUCGUCAUAAAUUAGCUCUUGGUGUUGCAUCGGGAGUGGUUUUGAUGUGAAAAUGCCGAAUAAACUGUCGCAGUACGAAGACAUUCCCUUUUCUCAUCGUCCUCCACACUACCUGCAUGAGCUACCAAUCGAAGAUGAGGAACGUCUCGGGAAACUCUUCAAGCAACUGGACAAAGACGGAAACGGCAAGAUUGACAUCCACGACUUGAGCGAAGCUCUCAAAGAACACGGUGUCCACCAUCACUACGCUGAGAAAUUUUUCCAAAAUUCUCGAUCGAAAAGUGGAGACUUGUCGCUGGCCGACUUCAUCUACUACGUUCGAGAACAUGAGAAAAAUCUCCGACUCCACUUUUCCCACAUUGAUAGGAACAAAGAUGGUAGGAUUGAUCUGGACGAGCUCAUCAAAGCGUUCAGCGAUCUGGGGAUUCCCCUGGACACCAUGGAAGCGAAGAAACUCUUACAGAGGAUGGAUCAGGAUGGCAGUCUCAAUAUUAGCUAUGAUGAGUGGAGGGACUUUCUCCUCCUCGCCCCCAACAGCCAAGAUAUUCACCAGCUGAUCAGCUAUUGGAGACAUUCAACGUACCUGGACAUCGGGGAGGAUAUGAACGUCCCUGAUGAUUUCACACAGAGUGAAAUGCAGACAGGGAUGUGGUGGAGGCAUUUAGCUGCGGGAGGAAUCGCCGGAGCGGUUUCCAGGACUUGUACCGCCCCCUUGGACAGGCUCAAGGUGUUCCUUCAGGUCCAACCGACGAAGCAGCGAAUCGGCGACUGUUUCAAUUACAUGCUGAAAGAGGGUGGUGUCACAGGUCUAUGGCGGGGCAACGGCAUCAACGUGGUGAAAAUCGCCCCCGAGUCGGCGAUCAAAUUUGCAGCCUACGAACAGAUCAAACGACUGAUCAAAGGCGAUUCCAAGACAGGACUCAGCAUUUACGAGCGGUUUUGUGCGGGGGCUUUAGCUGGGGGUAUUAGUCAGACGGCGAUUUAUCCGCUGGAGGUUAUGAAGACGAGGUUGGCGUUGCGUAAAACGGGACAGUAUAAGAGUAUCAUGGAUGCUGCUUUUAAAAUCUAUCAUCUGGAAGGCAUCGGUAGUUUUUAUAGAGGUUACAUUCCGAAUAUUCUUGGUAUUAUACCGUAUGCCGGUAUCGAUUUGGCUGUGUACGAAACGUUGAAAAAGAAGUACUUGAAGACUCAUUCCAAUUUGGAACAGCCGAGCUUUUGGAUGUUGCUGGCCUGUGGCAGCGUCUCGAGUACUUUAGGGCAAAUGUGUUCUUACCCCUUGGCGCUGGUGCGGACGAGGUUGCAAGCACAAGUGGCGCAUCCGUCGAUGGACCCCUCUGCCAUCACAAUGACUGGGGUGUUCAAAACGAUAUUAGAGAAGGAAGGUGUGUUGGGUUUGUACCGCGGCAUAACUCCGAACUUUAUCAAAGUAAUGCCGGCAGUAAGCAUAAGUUACGUCGUUUACGAGUACUCGAGUCGCUUACUCGGAGUAAAUAUGACGUGAUGUAGGAGCAUUUUAGGAACAAAUUAUUUAUUAUUAAUUAUAAAAUUCCCUCUCAUUUUGUCCGGGACACGGGCAAACGAUAUUUCUGGCAACUUUGAUUGCUUGGUCUAUUUAUUUGUACAGAUUAUUACUGUAAGAAUACUUGAAUAGGCUUUAACAAACUAAACUUGUUGAAUGUCGAUUGUUAAUAAUUUACGAAAUCUUUUUUCAAUCUCUUGACGCUCAUGUGGCUUCUUUGACACAUUUAUGUAAGUUUUAAAGUCUAAACGUUUCUCGAUGUUGUUGAUUCUACCAAAGAAGGCAUGUUCUGUUACUAAAUGACAAUUUUAAUAUUGAUACUGUGUAUUUUCCAUGAUUGAGAUUACUUUAGGAAGAGGACGAUUGUGAUGUACUUAAUAUUUUAAUAAACUGGUAUUUAUUAUACCUCUGUAUUGUAUUUAUAUAAAAAUAAAAUUAUAAAAAUCG